UCAUUCCACCCCCCGGCCCCGCCAAACCCCACCCCCAAAUAAUUCACUCCCAUAUUAUCCGUCAAUAUUGCUGUGAUCGAAGUGACACACUAAAGAGGCGGCGGGGUUUUGAAGUUUUAUUUCAUUCCCUCCUCCCCCAGCUGUGUAUUUGUGGCAGUGGGGGGGGAGGUCGCCCCGCUGUAUCCCACAACCCUCUGGGCCGGUGCCCGGAUGUGGACGGUGGACGAUGGCGGCGCCCAGCGCAGCGGACUCCCCGAGCCGGAGCUGGACGAGCGCGGCGGCCGAGACCCCGCUGGACAUCGCGGCUCCCGCUUGGGCCGAGGUGGCGGGAGACCCCUCUGCCGAGCCGCCUACCCCCAGCUGGACGGGCGGGGCAGCCGACAACCCGGCGCCCAGCCCCAGCCGGCCUGCUGCCUGCCGCGGGAUCUCUUGGACCCCGGCCGAGACCAACGCGCUGAUCGCCGUGUGGGGGGACGAGAGGCUGCAGGACGUGCUGGAGGGCAACCUGCGCAAUUCGCAUAUAUUUGACCGCAUCUCUCAGGCCCUGCGGGAAAUGGGCUAUGAGAGAAGCGCCAACCAGUGCAAGGAGAGAAUCAAGACUCUAAAGAGGUGCUAUAGUCGGGUAAAGGAACGUGGUCGGGGUAAGAGAACCUGUAACUACACGUUUCAGCAACUGGAGCAGGUCUUCGGGCGGGUGCCAGUUGUGUGGGAACCAAACACCUAUCAACCGGUUCUUAUUGAUAGCAGCGGACUGUACCAGGACACAAAAUCAGACACUAUUAACCUGGAUGACAGCCGGGAGGUGCAGCCAACUCAGUUGGAAGAUUGGGGAAACCAGAAGCCAGAUUUGCUCAUUAAACAAGAGCUGCUUAUGAACCAGAAGCAAGAGUUGCAGGCCUACCAGAAACAGGAUCUCUCAGUCUACCAGGAUGCAGACGAGGACAUAGAAGAAAUGAAUUUUGUGAAGAAGAAGCCACCAACAAGGCACAAUUCUACAGACAACAUGCAGAAGCCGGAGAUUCUGCAGGCCCUCACAGCAUUGCUAGAUGCUGUACAGCCCAGAUGGCAGGAAUUCCAAAGUUAUGAUGAACUCAGCAGUAUGCAAUUCACAAAUAAACUCGGAAUUUUUGCCAUUGGGUAUAAUACACGGUGGGUCGAGGACAUUCGGUACCAUUAUGCGGAAAUCAGCUCCCAGGUGUUGGUUGGAAAAAGACUGAAAGAAUACUUAAACCCAGAGAAACCAGAGGGCAAGUUGAUUGCGAUCAAGCGUCAAAAAAUGAACUGGAAGAAGGUCUAUUACAAGCUUUUUGAGAUCACUAAAAGUGAAGCGCGCUGUCUUGAGCUGCACUUCGCUUUCGAAUGGAUACCCAUCGCACUUUCCCGAGCGGCUGGUGACAACACUAUACAGUAUUUGCUUCCGGGCGGGAUCCCGGACACCAAUGGCCUGUACGUGAUUGGCUGCGAGGAGGCAGAGGGCGAGGUUUUUUCCCCACGGCGAGAUUAUGGGAUACGGGUGCUGCCCCGAGUCACCCUGCGGCGGGAUUCCGGUGGCAACACUGCUGGGCCCUCUCUCUUGGAGAGUGAACUCGUCGACAGCAGUGAGGUGAAGUCAAAAAUCCGCUACUGUUACUUGGGCUUAGCGGAGGAGGCGACCAUUCGCCAUUGCAUACUGCAACACUUUCAACCACCUGUCAAGAUGCUGGGCUUAGAGACCUGUACAAUCAACAGCUUCCUUGCUGAAAACUGUCGGGCAGGAGCCAUCUCCAGAUCUAUUUACAUCAAAUUUAUAGAAGUAGAAAAAGAGUAUCUGUCUGCUGGCUGCGUAAUUGAGUGUUUGGAAAAAGCCAUGGGGUAUUCUUUACGAUUCACAAAGUAAAUCCCAACAGUAACGCACUUAUUCAGAAGAGUCCUGCCUGGUGACAUUUAGAGCUGUAAUAAUGUCAGGGUUUUGAUUUUUGAAGCUUCCCAUACUCAGUGUCCUAAGGAUUUCGAUGCCAUUGUGGCUGAGGAAAGGGAUUGGGUAGAACAAAAUUGAAUGUCCAAGACUAUGGGUGGAAUGACUGGGAGCACAAGGCAGGAGCUAAAAUCAUGGAGAGGAGGAGUUUGCAGUUACUCUGUUCCAUAGAAAAAUGGUUUUGACCUGAGAGAGAAUGUUGGAGCCUUUGUGUCCAUUAAAGGCUUUGAUGGUCUAAUGUCUUGGUUAUGGUCCUAUUAAUGCACAGUAGACUAUACAGUCCAACCAGUUUGCCUAGGACAUGAAUACAAGUUGAGAGCACCUACCCUUCUUAAUGGUCUGGUAGCAUACUGGAAUGCAUGCUCCACUUGUAUCCUCUGGUCUUAGCAUUGUCUGGCACCCAAAUUGACUCGCCACUCUUGUGAUUUCAUUGGUUAGGAACUGAGUAACAAAUGUAUAUUUUAAUGGAGGGGGGGGGGUAGAGAAAACAAAGAUGGAGGUAAAGUGGAAAUUGAGAUUUGGUCUCGGUUUGCUGCAAGCAUGCCUGUUCUACUGAAGUUAAAGUUGAACGAGGGUGGGAGCUCAAUGAUGCCACCCAAAGGUUGCAGGAACAGCAACUCAUAUUCUGCUUGCGAACCCUGCAGCCCAAUGGUAUCAAUGUGGACUUCACCAGCUUCAAAUCUCCCCUUCCUCCACCGCAUCCCAAAACCAGCCCAGUUCGUCUCCCCUUCCCCCACUGCAUCUCACAACCAGCCCAGCCUGUCUCUGCCUCCCUAACCUGUUCUUCGUCUCACCCAUCCCUUCCUCCCACCUCAAGCCGCUCCUCCAUUUCCUACCUACUAACCUCAUCCCACCUCCUUGAACUGUCCGUCUUCCCUGGACUGACCUAUCCCCUCCCUACCUCCCCACCUAUGCUCUCCUCUCCACCUCUCUUUUCUCUCCAUCUUUGGUCCGCCUCCCCCUCUCUCCCUAUUUAUUCCAGAACCCUCACCCCAUCCCCCUCUCUGAUGAAGGGUCUAGGCCCGAAACGUCAGCUUUUGUGCUCCUGAGAUGCUGCUUGGCCUGCUGUGUUCAUCCAGCUUCACACUUUAUUAUCUUGACAAGGAAGGCCCUGGUGCAAGUUAUUCUGGGCUUCCAGAGUAUAAUGUCGACAGUGAUUUUUAAAGUAACUAGAUGCCCUUGAUUGGUCAUUGCCGCCUGGGCAUUUCAAAAUCAGUAGUGCACUUCUACCUAGACCGAUAUCUGAUACACUUUCUAAAUUGUAUAAACAUCCUGGAUUGAGAUUCCAAACGGAGCUUCCCAGACUGUUUUGUAUCUAAGUGAUUUUCCUCUUUUCUGAUACAGUUGAUCUCUUUUUAGUUAUUUUUCUAGUCAGCUAAUGGUUAUUCAUUGCAAAGCGAGAGCUACUACUAGACAAUCUGAAGUAAAAUAUUGUUUUAAGACCAAAUAAUCAUUUGUUUGCAUGGUGGUGUAACCCACUGGUGUUCUUAGUGCCAUGAGGGAACAUUAGAGCUACAGUGUGGCGCACCUAUGAUUGGAGAUAUUGGGAUUGAGGUUUGGGCCUUUGUGCACUAUGGGUUAAGGUAAAGUCACCAUAACUUCAGAGGAUGGCAGGUUUGCAAUGAAAUGAUGCCAAAAACACAGAUUUCAGUUCCCACACUAGUUCUGUCUUCUGUACCUUGCCCCUUGCCUGAGACAUGAAGAACAUUAGGUUUAGUGUGCCACCAGAUCUCUCUCUAUGAUAGAAUAGCCUGCUGGUCCUCUGGGAUUGUGGUGACCUUUAUCGCGCAUCAAGUCUCCCUCAACUGAGUGUCAAAUUAGCUCAAAAGCUGUCAACAGAUUUCAAUACAAGCUAACGGCCAGGCCUUAGUGGAUCUAUUGGAAUUUCUGUUUUCUUAACGUUUAUGUUUUUUUUAAAGUCUUGUGCACACAUCAGUUUUUAAUCACUGCUUUCCUUUAACUGAAUUUCAAAAUUUGUCUCUGCUUCGAAGUUUGAGAUAGAGGACUUUCUUACUCAGUCUGUCAGACCAAUGCCCUUUAUUAGAGAGCACAGGUCCCAGAAGUGUCUCUGCCUAACUUGAGCUUGUCACAUACGUUGUCCUCAACAUUAGAUAUAUAAACUUUUUUAUUAUAAAAUCCCUCUGGGAAAUUUCAAAUGGGUCACUUAAUCGAUAGCACUAUACCUUAAUUCUGAGUCUUCUGUUUUUUGCCAAUGGACCACAGCAAAGAUAAACUUAAAAUUUUAACAUUUUAAAGCAGCUCUAGUAAAGUAGGUAUUCCCUCCAACAGUAUUUGCCCCUCAGUUCCAUUACAGGCAAUAGCUGUAACCUUGUUUCCCAAGGUUUAAAAUAUUGCGCUUUCACCUUUUUUAAUAUUAAAUAUUUUAAAGUGAACUCCAAAGUAUGAGCUUUAGUAGCAGCUCUAGGUUGGUUACACUUCUGCAAAUUUAAAACAGGACCAAGUAGAUGAGGACAGUGACAUGUUUGGUCUCCAACCUGCAUGUGAUCGUAUUGACAGGGAAGUUAUUGAUAGGUGAAAAAAAGUUGAUUUCUUGAUCCUGUUUGCUUUUGGAAAGAAUGUUGCCUUGUCAUCACUGAUAGUGUGUCCCAUUGUGUGUAUUGUGAUAAUCGAAUUAAGCUAGGCUGUGGGACCUCACUUUUAAUCUAUGCUCUUGUAUCCAUUGUGAGUUCAAAUAAUUUGCUGGCACUUACUGUCUAACCUGACACAAAGUCUUGGACGAGACUGGUAGGAUUAUCAACAUAUACAAGCCAUACUUUGAAUUGAUACCUUCGUAAGAGGGAAGGAAGUGGAGACAAAACACAGCUAAGCAAGAAAACUGACUUGUUUCUUGUGCUUGCCUCCACACUGAAGUUUCUGUCAAGUUAUGAAGUUUUUCAUUCCCUUUAGUAUUUGUCCAUUCCUUUUUAAUUCUCACGUGACUCAUAACUUUCCUUGGCACUUUUGAGAAGAGUCACAGGUAAAAUAUUAUCAUUUUAAUUUACACUGUUCUUUGUGAAGGGCCAUGCAGUUACAGAAGGCAGGAGCAUUUAAGUUACAUGAAGAGCAUUAAAGCUACCUGCAUUUGACACAUUAGUUAUGCAGAGUAAAUUAACUUUUAAUUACCUGAGCCCAAAGAAGUCAAAAGAUCAAAAUCUCAAUCAACACAAGUGCUUCAGGGUGUCAGUAAAGCUGUCAGCCCCACUGAAGACAGCGAGAGCAGUUGACAGGAUGAGAAGUGUUUGGGAUUGUUUUGCAUUACAUGGCAUUCUUCCUUAAACUUGGAAAAAGAUUUGCAGUGGUACCUAUAGUUGUAUCACAAAUCUGUUGCUCAGGACUGUUUUAAGAUUUAUACGGCACUAAAUCAACAUGCCUUGAAGCCAUUGAGAUAAAUAUUGAAGUAAAGCCACUUUGUAGAUUCUCUGCUAAUGGAACAAGGCACAAUAUAUAAAGUACACUUAUAGUGCUCUUCAAGUUUCAUAAAAGACCACUUUUGCUAAUUAACUUUUCACUUGACCCAGAAAUGGAGUACAUGUGGCAACAGUACAGCCAGGUAUUCUGGGAAACCUUCCAGGAUCAUGACCAAUUUGAGCAAGAUCAUGCAGUGUUGGCUAGAAACAUGGAACAGCCAUAACCCAAAUGUGUUCUGUAGAGUCUCAACUGCACUGGAGCCAAAAGGCAUGGCACUUAAUGGGAAACAUAAUUUCUGGGAACACCAAAAUGUAGUGAUGUAGGGCUGAUUUAGUAUUAUCUUACACUGAAGAUUAGAACACUUUUUGUUUUUGAAGAUGCUACACUAGUGCCAUUUUGGUUCAUCAAGCCCAUUGAGUGAAAUGUGACUGGUACUGUAGUGAGUUGAGGACUGGUAUCUAGCCUCAAUGUUCGGUAACUUUCUUGAGAUACCAAGAUUAAUGAUAUUCAAUAUUAAUUGUGAUUCCAAACUGCUCCAUUGAUGUUGUUCUGUUCCCCCCACCCACCGACAGUAACUUCCUAUUAAGUGGUUAAAAACAAGGGACAAUUACUAUUUUUUCCUCCUUUUUCUCAAUUUGAGAAACUAGAGUAAACCAUUUGGCUGCUCCAGUCAGCUCCAUUUUUUUCAACAAUCAUGUCUGAUCAUCUGCUUCAACUUCCCUCCUGCUCCCCAUACCCUGCAAUUUUCCUGAAACCAAAAAUCGGUCUGUCUCAGCCUUAAUCCUAUGGGAUAGAACAUUCCAAAGAUUCACCACCUUUUGAGUGGGGGAGACAAUAUUUCUCCAUCUCAGCCCUAAAAAUUAUUGGGCCUGUUAUCUUGAGACUGUGUUCCCCUGGGCUCUAGCAACCUUUCACAACCUACUCUGUCAGGUUCCUUUACAGCCUUCUCAGCUUCCAGCCCUAAAAGAACAGCUUCCAUAGCUACGAGCUGGUCAGACAAGAAAUGGGUUAACUUGGAUAGUGUAUGAUCCCAGUUCCAGAAUGCUAUGCAAAAAGCCUUGCUGAAAUUAAGUAGGGCAAAUUCAUAUCCUUGCUUUAGUUCAAAUUUAAACCCUAUUUUGAGGCUGAUUCCAAAAAGAGCCAUUGCUUAUUCAUGUGUAUUUUCCAAAAAAGGUGCCAUCAGAGCUUUUUGAUUUGCGCUCAGCAAGUCAGUUGCAACAAUGCCAAGUUUCAAAAGGUACACCAAGUUGUUGCAUGAGAAACAGGUAACUUAUUUGUUGGCAAAUUAACUGUGGCCAAGAUGUUGCUAUGGAAAAUGCACAAGGAAACAAUCAAGCAUAUCCAAAUUAAUUUCUCUCUAUCCCUUUUUAGCAGUUUUAUACACUGACUUGAUGCCACCUAGCUGGAAAUAGUGUUAGUUCCCGUUUCAAGAUUCUCUCCUGGUGACCUGUAGAUAUACUCUGGAGUGUACCACUUUGUUUGGCAGUGGCCUUUUGGUGUCUCAUCAGUUCUUGGUUUGUGAAGCUAACAAGUGAAUGUUGACAGCUCCUAACUGAAGGGAAUGACAUUUGAAUCAAAGUUGAACUUCCAUUUUUUUUUUCCCCAAGCAAUAUCACUGGAUAUUAAUCAAGAA